CUCUGCCUGGGAAGCAGCGCCCUGGGCUCCUUAGGUGAGAGGUCAGAGAAAACAGAAAAUUAAUGAAUAAAAACGAGCUCGCCGCUAGGGCUCGAAGCCCCGCGACGCGGAGGAUUUAACCAGGGGCCAGGCGUGUUUCUCGCUGCGGCCGUUGAGUCACUGGCAAGAUUGGCCUGCGGUGAGCCCUGCACAUCCGCGUUGGGACUCGCAGACACGCCUCCUUCUCACACAAACCCUCCGAGCCAGGCGCGCCGGCGGACUCCGGGGGUGGUGCUGCUGCCAGCCCUGCCUCGCGCAGCCCUGACGGCGCUGGAUCCAUCCCGAGCCACAGGUUGGAAAAGGAAGGAGCGGGUCCCAUGCCUGUCGCCCUGUGAAGCAGAUCGCGCGCGGCUGCGGGUGGUGAAGCCCCGGGCCCCGGGCUUGGCGAGGGCAGGAAGCGGCUCUGAAACCCGACCCCAGCCCUCUCGGCGCGGAAACUUCGCAGGCUGGUUGUUACCAUCAUCAUUUUCAAAGGAAAACAAAACAUUUCCGAUGAAACUGGAUGAGCCUGUUCUCAUAGCCGCCAAAAGGAAUAAAGGGAAUCUGUCAAAUGCCCACCAAGACCUUCACUAUGACCGAUGGGGACUAUGAUUAUCUGAUUAAACUCCUGGCCCUUGGAGAUUCAGGGGUGGGGAAGACGACAUUUCUUUACAGAUAUACAGAUAAUAAAUUCAAUCCCAAAUUCAUCACUACAGUAGGAAUAGAUUUUCGGGAAAAACGUGUGGUUUAUAACACACAAGGGCCGAAUGGAUCUUCAGGGAAAGCGUUUAAAGUGCAUCUGCAGCUUUGGGACACGGCAGGCCAAGAGCGGUUCCGGAGCCUCACCACUGCGUUCUUCAGAGAUGCCAUGGGCUUCUUGUUAAUGUUUGACCUCACCAGUCAACAGAGCUUCUUAAAUGUCAGAAACUGGAUGAGCCAACUGCAAGCAAAUGCUUACUGUGAAAAUCCAGACAUAGUAUUAAUUGGCAACAAGGCAGACCUGCCAGACCAGAGGGAAGUCAAUGAACGGCAAGCCCGGGAAUUAGCUGAAAAAUACGGCAUACCAUAUUUUGAAACAAGUGCAGCUACCGGACAGAAUGUAGAGAAAUCUGUGGAAACCCUUCUGGACUUAAUCAUGAAACGGAUGGAACAGUGUGUGGAGAAGACACAGCUCCCUGAUGCUGUCAAUGGUGGCAAUUCUGGAAAGCUAGAUGGGGAGAAGUCAGCAGAGAAGAAAUGUGCCUGCUAGACUCUACACAGGAGCCGAUAAGCAAGAAACCCAUCCAAAUAUUACUCCUGAAAACAGUGACAAACCACAAAUUGUUGUUGCGUAGACCAUGCACAACAGCAUGCUUUCCUUUUCCAUCCAGAAAAUCUAUUUUAAGAAAUCAGAAUAGUUAAAAGCAUCCAAAAGAACUGACCAGUUAUCCCUGAGUCCCUUCCAAACAAAAUCUAAGAUUUUCUGAGGUGAUCUAACCAUCAUGGAUGCUCAAUUUUUUUUAACAUAAAGAAGUAUGGUAUACAAGAGAGUAUACUAGAAAUAAAUAUCAGUGAGUUUUGAAAGAGAGAGCAAAUAUUGCCUUGUCACACUGAAGAAAGGAAUAGGCUACUAGUGGAAGAAUACAGAAAGAUUUUUUAAAAUUUGCAUUUAUUUAUAUAAAAUAUGAUUCAUACAUCUACAUUUCCAUUGGGCAAAACAUAUUAGCAAAAAUUGGUUACACAAUGAAGAAUUCUAUGUGGUCCAUUAAGAAUGACAUUACUGUAUGUCCCCAAGAAGCUGAACUAAAGUGGUUAAAUUACUGAUAAGGUUAUGAGUGGGUGAAUGUCAGAAUUCUGUUGAAAUGAGAUUGUAGAGUAAUAUGGCUUUUAUAGUCUUAAUAAAUGGCAGGUAGACAAGAACAGGACUGUGAAUGACAAAGUACAAGAGAAAUGCCCUGGAGGAAAAAAUAAAAGUAUAGGAAUAUGGCUUUUGUACAGCUGAAAUUAAAUGUAUCUGUUAUAGAUGUCUGGAAGAGUUAUUUAGUCAAAGUUCACUCAAGCCAGUUAGAAGCUGACAUUAUCAGCUGGGAUCUAAAACUUUCCAUUUCCCACAACAUUUUAUUUUGCUCAGCAAAUGUGGCCCUUACAAAGACAAAUAAACCACUGCCAUGUAUUAAAUAUCUUUUUUCAAAUAUAGUCAAGAAAACUUACUUAACCUAAAUUUUAAAGAUAAAAUAUACCAUUGUUAUAAAAGAAAACAACUCUUAACUAUGGGUUUCCUUUUAGUUUACAAAAGAACUAGAAAGUCUAAUUCAUGUUUUUCACUCCAACCCUGACUCACCCCUGACUUUGAAUCAAUUGCAAAAAUAUUAAGUCUGUCACUUUUUAGAUCAACAACCUCAGAAUAAUGAUGGAUGAAUUCUAGGGUCACUCUGAAUUUUCAUGUCAUUAAUCAUAUAAAAAUUGAUGGUACCACAUUCCUUCUUACAAUAUGUUUUUAUUUUGUCUAUGGAAAAAAAUCUAUAGCUGAACUAUGUUUGAGGGUUGGGCCAGGAUGAAGCCGUAUCUUACCUCACCCAAAAUAUGGUGAGUUACUUUUUUUUUUUUGUAUAAAGCUGCCUUUUCUUUCUAAAAAUGAUCACAAAGGUAUCUUCUACUGAUUAUUUCUUAUAAUUGUGUACACUAAUAGUACAUUAGUUUUUAAUCUUAGUUUCUGAUACACACAAGCUAUCCCUGUUAUUAUUUAUAUAUAAAUAAUAUAUAUCAGUCAAUUUUACCAAUGAUAAAGGCAACUACUUCAUUUUUUUUUCUUUUUACUAUGAGUCUAUAAUGUUUUGGCAGGAUUAUUCAUUUUCCUAUACAUUUUUUCCAGCUAAACCUCGUUUUUCCAUUCUCUGUAUAUUUACUUAGUUAAGUUAUGGACAUUAGAGACCUUAGAAUCCCAGUUCUCUCUUCAACCAGUCCUACAAACCUCCAUCGGCUACUGAAUGUUUCAGAAACACAAAGAGAUCCAAGAUAAUAACUACUUUUGCUUUUAGUAUGAACUAGACCCACACAUGUGCCACAAAACAAAAUAACUUAGAAGCUAGUAUGAGAAUGGAUCCCGGUGUAAUUUGCAGUGAUAACUGUGCAGUGCUAAUUAAGCCUGUGAUUUCUUUAGCACUGUGCCACCUUCUAAGUUGGACCAUGAUUCAAUAUUCUUUUCAGCACUGUUUUCUCUGGAAUGCUCUCCGUGAACUCAGUGCCUGUGCCACGAAGAUAAAAAGCUAUGAGCUAAGUAAUUAAGAUACUUCUUCUAGAAGGAAAGUGGGGAAAAACUGUGUAACCAUUGCUGUCAUAAAAUUUGGUGAAUUUUUGUGAUUAUCAUGAGUUUCUUUUUUGAGGAGUCCAUAUUGUGGUGUUCCUACAUUUCCAUAAUAAGGAAUGCUUGGCUUUUAUAAAAUGCUAAAGAUAUUCCUGUUGGAUAUUUCUUUCAUUUACUAUUCAUUUUCCAGUUAUAUGAUUGAUAUAAUGUGCCAAGAUUCUGUCAUUGUCAAUUAUCUAAUGGGUAUUUUUUCAGGGUCUGUUUUAAGAUUGUUAUAUGAUAGCUGGAGCAUGAAGCAGAGGGUGAUGAUGCCCAUAAUUAUAGAACUAUGCCUGUAAAUAACAAUUAUUGGGUAAUAAUCUCAAAAGGAGUGAAUUUUAAAGCUGACAAGAAAAUUAAAACAUUAUUCUAUUUUUAAGUAAA